UUGACCGCGUCACUCUCCGGCAGCGUCACUCUCCGGCCGCCCCGGCGCGUCCCUCCGCCGGAGCCCGGGUGUCUCCUCACGGGCGGGCAGCGCCCCGGGUGUUCUUCCCUCCCUGUCCCCGGUGUCCCCUCCCUGCCUCACCCGGAGCCCAUGAGCCUCCCCGAGGGGCUGUGACAGCGCCCGGCACCGCCGCACGGACCAAAUCCUGCCAUGCCUGUCGGCCAGGAGUGUUCCGUGUGAGUAUUUCAUAAUACGCAGCAAUUUAUCGAGGGCGUCUCCUUUUGUGGCCACCAACACCAGCUCAGCUUUGUCUUCUUCUCCAGCAUGGUUGCGUCCACCACCCUGUUGGGUGGUGGUGGAUGUCACCUGCAUCUCUCAGGCAGCAGGACGGAAGGAGUUGUAGGUGGGAUGACAUGUCCGUGUCCCUGGAAUGGGGAGUGGAGCCCCACUGUUGGUCCCACGCAACCACCAAGCUUGCAGUGAAAAGCCAGCCAGUGGCUUUUGUCCAGGUUCUCCUGUCUGUACCAAUAUUUUGCAGUUCCAAAGGGUUUUCCAGCCUUGAGCUUGACCACUCCAUGGACUCGCUGGGAUGGAUAAUCAGCAAGACAGGGAUUUACAGCACGUUAACAGGAUUUAACAGCUACUUCACCAUAAAUAAAGCCCAGGAGGGAUAAAAAAAAAAAGCCAAAACCCAACCCAACAACAAAACAUUGGAUGUUGGGGCCCCCUCUGUUCUCAGUGUCUCUCCUGAAGGGAUGGAGAACUCGUCGGUGGUGUCAGCCUCCUCGGAGACGGGGAGCAGCCGUUCUCAGGAAAUUGAGGAGCUGGAGCGUUUCAUCGACAGCUACGUCCUGGAGUACCAGGUCCAGGGGCUGCUGAUGGAUAAAACCGAGGGGGACAGAGAGAGCGAGAAGACACAGUCCCACAUCUUGCAGUGGACGGCAGAUUGUGAUGAGCAACUUGAUGGCAGCUGUUCCCCGUCUCGAGGGAAGGGCUCAUCGUCUCAUGAACACAAUAAGGAAGAGCGGGAUCACAGCAGCAGUGGGAGCGCAGGAUCCUGGCCGGGCUCAGGCUCCAGACGUGGGUCUGGAUCCAGGUCCAGCAGCUGCGGGAGAAGCAGACAGUUCAGGCAAUUGACCAAGAACGGCAACAAGGAGACGUCCCUUGACAUGCUGGGCACAGACAUCUGGGCUGCCAACACCUUUGACUCUUUCAGUGGCAUGACGUGGGACUCGCAGCCUGAAAAACUCGAUUUCACCCAGUUUCACAGGAAGCUGCGGAACACCUCCAAACACCCAUUGCCUCACAUAGACAGAGAAGGGCUUGGAAAAGGGAAAUACGAGGACGGCAACAGCAUCAAUUUGAACGACAUAGAGAAAGUCCUUCCAGUGUGGCAGGGUUACCAUCCGUUGCCUCAUGAAGCUGAAAUUGCACACACCAAAAAACUCUUCAGAAGGAGGAGAAAUGACCGGAGGAGACAGCAGAGACUUCCCAGUGGGAACAAGCCUCAACAACACGUGGAUCAUCAACAAGGUGGCACCAAACACAACAGGGACCACCAGAAACUCUACCAAGGAGGCCAGGCCCCUCACUCCUCGGGCAGGAUGGGCCACCACGGCUACAGCCAGAACCGGAAAUGGCACCACAACCAGAAGUACUCACCCAAUGACAAAGAAACACACAGAAAUGCCAAAGAAAAUGAGAAUUUGAAAAUUGAGGACACCUCCAUCUGCACGGUGCACAUUCCUGUGGAGACGCACCGAGGCCUGGAGGCUGUGGAGAAGCAGUCUCAGCAGUUCAUCCAGGAGUUGGAGACCAAGCAGAAAGACAGUGUUCACGAGCGCAUUGAGGAAAGACCCAAAAUCAACUUGCUUCAGUCUUCCAAAGACAGACUGCGGAGGAGGCUAAAAGAAAAGACACCUUGUCUUUCCCUUUUCACGGACCAGGACGAAGUUACGGUAGAAACCACCAGUCCCGAAAAGAACAAAAUGGACAAAUUAAUUGAAAUCCUCAACAGCAUGAGGAACAACAGCAGCGACGUUGACUCCAAGCUCACCACCUUCAUGGAGGAAGCCCAGAACUCUACCAACUCUGAGGAGAUGCUGGGGGAGAUAGUCAAGACCAUCUACCAGAAAGCGGUGACGGACCGCAGCUUUGCAUUCACGGCAGCCAAACUCUGUGACAAAAUGGCCCUUUUCAUGGUGGAAGGAACCAAAUUUCGGAGUCUGCUCCUCAACAUGUUGCAGAAAGAUUUCACCAUGCGGGAGGAGUUGCAUCAGCUGGACGUGGAACGUUGGCUGGGGUUCAUCACCUUCCUCUGCGAAGUCUUCGGCACCAUGAGAAGCAGCACCGGAGAACCUUUCAGAGUACUCGUCUGUCCCAUUUAUACCUGCCUCAGGGAGUUGUUGCAAUCUCAGGAUGUGAAGGAAGAUGCUGUGCUCUGCUGCUCCAUGGAGCUGCAGAGCACUGGCCGGCUGCUGGAGGAGCAGCUGCCCGAGAUGAUGACGGAGCUGCUGGCGAUAGCCCGUGACAAGAUGCUAUGUCCCUCCGAAUCCAUGCUGACACGCUCCCUGCUGCUGGAGGUCAUUGAGCUGCACGCCAACAACUGGAACCCCCUGACACCCACCAUCACGCAGUACUACAACAAAACCAUCCAAAAACUGACGGCUUGAGAGGCAGGGCAAGGUGGGGUGGGAAGGGCCAAGAAGAAGACAUGCACUUUGACAGGGAUCCAGCAAGAGCUUUUCCCAUUUCAAUCCCCCCAGCAAGACCAAACCCCAGCAUGCUUGAGAAUCCGUUCAUGGGGUGGGAAGGAAGAAGCAUGUUUCUUUUUUUCAGCCACAUCGUCAAGUGCCACCCCUCUUCUUCCUUGCCGUGGUUUUUGUUCUAGGGGGUGUUUCUUUUUUUUUCUGAACUCAUUGCUCAAGCAGCAGCGACACAUCCUGCUGGGUUAUUGUUAAAAAGAUGGAGAAUUUGAGGGAGAAAAAAAAAAAAAGAAUCCAAGUAGGGGCUGGUAUUGUUUUCACGCCGUCCUUCUGCCUUGCUCCGGCCAACUGGCAGGAGACAGCAGGCAGCAGAUGUCUCGGGAGGACAAAGCCAGACACAUACGACACCAGAUGCUCAUAACUGAUGGCUUUUGUUGAGCAGGGGCUCGCAUUAGGUUUUAUCCUCCCCCUCAGCCUUUCCUUUUGUCUUUGACUUUCUGUGUGUCCCUCCCCUCCUCACCAGCCCUUCAGCAGCAGACAGGAGAGUGGGGACGACUUCCUGAUUUGCACUGGGUUUUCUUUCUUCUCGGGCGUUUGUAUUUUCUUCUUGUUUUGUUGUUCUUGUUGAACGGACAAUUGCGAGCAGCUCGGAGAUGGGGAAGGCAACACCUUCCCGCGAGCUGAUAACAGUUUACGUGAAGAUGCUGAAGCAGGAGGAGUAUUUUCUAGGAGUCCAAAAGCCACUUGUAGAAGUAACGUCGCCACCAUCAUCUUGCCAGUGACCUCCUUGAUGGACUGAGAAACAUGUCCGCUGAGCUGGGAGCUCUAAAAACCAGGGGAUUCUGUAGCUCUUGCUGUUAAAGUCACUGUUAUCCCUCAGCCACUAUAGCCCAUUUCAUAAUGUUAUUUUUUUUGUUUGUUUCCAUUGAAGGAGUGCUUUAUUGUAAUUACUGUCCUGGUUGUAAUUGUACAUUUAAAUCCAGGCCUGUUAGAGUCAGCCCUAAUGAUGUACAGGGCGAGGGAGAAAUGAAGGUUUAAUGUUCUUUGGAGACUGGGUAAGAGAAGACAAGGUGUGAAUAGCAAAAAAAAGGAGGAAAAAAAUAAGAAAAGCCAAAAAUAGAGGCUUUUGAGCCUGGGUCCAACCUAGGUGAAUUUGCUCACCGGUGUUUCUGGGUGUGUGGUGUACAGGAGUGGAUCUGCCCCAUGGUUAGUUUAAGUGUCACUGUGUCCCGGAGGGAUGGGCGAUGUGUUCAGAGGGGGAGAGUUUGCCCAGGGAUCCCCAGGUUGCUCCGUGCUGGAGCACCCUGAGGCAGAGGGCAGCUGCGGGGGAUGACAGUGAGAUGCCACCUGAGCGAGGAGAUACCCAGAGGAUGAGGACGCCGGUACGGAGGGACACACCACACCAUUGCAUCACUCCCUGGAUCGUGAACAAGACUUGGUGAUCUCCUUAUUUGCUUGUCUAGCAAUGCUUUGACUUAUUAAAUCACAUCAGGUGCUUAUUUUGGUGAAGCCUCAUGGGGAUUUGAGCCACCCCAUCCCACCUGUGAAGUGGAAGAGGAGCCAAGGAAAGCACGAUGCUGGCAGCCCAUCCUGUUUUCUUCCCAAUAUUCAAUUUAUUUUCCUUUCCUGGUGUAAGAAGAUAACUCACACUGUGGUUCCAGCACACCCAGACCCUGGACCAGGCAGGCUGGGUCUGAACUCAGCAGUUCAGACCCAUUUUUUCCAAGCAAAACAUUGAAUGGUAGAUUGUAGAGAAGCAAGAGAAGCAAGAUUUCACCCGGACCUCUUUGGAUGUGCAGUAUGUUCUCGGGUGCCUUAUGAAUGCGUUGGUCUGUCUGCAAUGGGGAGGAAGCUUUUGUUGCAAAAUUUAAAAGGGCAGAAAUUUUCAGCAGAAAAUGCAUUGCAGAAGGUUUGAGUCCUGAUGGCAUAAGGUGAGAGUCCUGAUGGCACGGUUUGACAUUAUUUGAAUUUUCAUCUGUUUUCUAAUCUGCAUGUGGAGCAAAAGGCGAGAGCUGGAAACAGGAGCUUGAAAUUUCCUUUCUACCCAGCAAGCGGCAAAAUUAUUGGUGGAUGUGUUGGAAAAACAUUUCUGCUUCAUGGAUUCAAGCUCAGGAGCUUCACAUGGUGACGGUGCCUUGUGCUGGGUCAGCUUUGUUAGCAGCAAUGGGGUUUGAAAGUAUUAACAAGCAGCUGAACUUAAUUAAGGCAGCAAAGUCCAUCAGUGUUAUAAGGCUCAGGGUUGUGCCCAUUGCUCUUGGCUUUCCCUGAUUUCUCAGGGAGCAGCGGAAAAGGGGAUUUAAUACCCAUCACAAUGUGCCCAGGUACAGUGUCAGUCUUCUGGGAGAAAACCUGAAAACCAGUUUUGUCUUGAGUUUUGUUUUUUAAAAGAAAAUACCAGAAAAGUCCUAUAAGGGGGGGCAGAAACAGAUGGGUGCUAGGGCUCCCAUUGGCUGCUUCUCCUUUCCCCUUCUUCCAUAACUUGCUCUUGGGAUGUAGUGAAAGAAAAAAAGAAGAAGGAAAAACUCAAAGAAGUUGAGGAUUUUUCCUUCUAAAAAAUGUGAAUAUUUCACCCAUCAGUACAUCAGGAGGUGUUCAGAGGCCCUGUGGCAGUAUUUCUGCUUAAGCAUUUCCCUAUUCCUACCAACCAUGAGAGUUUAUUCAAUUUUCCCACUGGGGUGCAAUUCUGCACACACACACCCCCUGACUGGGCUUAGUCCAUGACUUUCCCCCCCCACCCCCAACACCUGGGAUUUCUCCUACCGAAGAACUUUUAUGUGAAACCCAUCAUUUUUUAACGUCUUGCCAUUUGUCUCUGCUGUUAAUGUAUGUUCAUCCAGCCAUUAACUGUUUCGGUAUGUCAGUCGCUCUGUUGAUAUGCAAAAAAAUCAAAAUGUUCAGCAAAAAUGGAUUUUUUUUUUUUUUCCCAAAAAAAAUUACAUGCUGCCAAUGAUAUCUUUUGGAAGCCCAUCAGUGGGAAGCCGGUGAGCACAUGCCAUCAUUAACCACAGUACCACCUUGGGAAAACAGGUACCGUGAGGUUGUUUGAUGGGGAGCAGUGCCAGGAAGUUUUUGGGAUUCAUUGAGUAUUUUCUUCUCCUUUUGUUUUUGACUUUUCUUCUAUUUUUUUUUUUUUUUUUACUUUCUUUAUAAACAGGCACCAAAGAGUGUAAUUCUACACUGUGCAUUUUUGAAGGUGUGAAGCCACUGGCUAUGUCGCCCCAAAUUAGCCAGAUUUGAUCUUUGCCAUUCCAUAAAAGUAUUUGUUUGGGGUUUUAAUAUAUUUUAAUGUAUUUUCCCCAUCAGCAAAGGGGGAAAAUUACCUCCUUGGGCCAAACUUGAGGGUGGUGUAAAGGCUGAAGCAUCUUCAGAGGAGUGAUGCUCUGUGCCAGUCCCCCUUGGAUGCAGAGCAUUUAUUUCACCCCAUUCCCAGUGAAAUUAUUUCCAAACUGAAGAUUUUUUGCUACUCACAAAGUAACUUGCUCAGUUUCCCCAUGAGGGUUUUCACCCCUGUUUGGAAAAGUCUCAUAUAUGGAGGCGAAAUUAAAAUUGGAGGGAAAAAAAAAGGAAAAGUAAGUGAUUUGCUUGGUUCCCCUCUUCCCUCAAAGGAGAUUAAUUAGUAUCUGUUCUUGGCAUAAUUGAUGGCUUUGAAGGAAAACUUGUCAGAAUAACUUAUGAUUUAUUUUCAUGCUUAUUUUUAUAAUGUCCUUCACUUGAAAGUCUCUCAAAAUCUUAAAUAGGAUUUUUUUUUUUUUAAUUUCCCCACUGGGUAUUUUAUGGCUUUACACUAAUUUCGCUCUUCUUGGUGUUAGCUAUUAGCCAGUCCCAGUGAUACUUGCAGUAUUUUUUCAGGAAAAAAUGACGCUAAGGGUUGCGAAGUCCACUGUUGAUAGCCAAGGGAGCUGCGGUGUCCUGCAGAACAUGGAGUUGAAUGCUAGCAAUUCAUUUUUUUUUAAUGUAUUUAUUUGCAUUUGAAAAAAAAAAAAAAAGAAAAGCAACAUUUUUAAUUUAAUCAUAUUUGUUAAACUAAGUGCUUUAAAAAAAUAAAAAUAUUAAAAAAAAAAAGGAAAAAGGUUUUGGGGAGAAUAAAGACUAGAUAUUCAUACUAGAGGAAACACAAAUUCAUUAUUUUCAGCGUUUCAGAGACUGUUAAAACGAGAGCUAAUAACUCUUUGUGGCAAUCUAGUCUUUGUUUAUAGAACAUCUGUAUGCUGUAAAAUGCAUCAUCUGAGUAAUAAAUGUUUAAAGCUUGA